GUCCCCCCCACCCCCGGGAACAAUGACUGCCUUUAAAAGUUCCGGUAGGAAAUCGGUCAGUCUUAUUGGAAGGUACGCUUGCUGUAGGGUUUGCCGUGCUUCCUGUGAUGUGAUCGAGCAAAAGGAAGCUGCCAAACAGCAAUGGGGGAUCCGGACAGGACUGGCGACCACGGGCAUGACACAGCUGUCUGUUCAGGUGCAGUGGAAGAGGAGGAUCAGUCUACAAAUGAGUCUCCAUGUGAAGGUCUGAUAACUGUAACAAUUACAGGACAACACCCCUCUGGAGAUGGUGGUCAGGCGGAGGAGAGGUCUGUGCACAAUGUGGAGAACAGCGCCGCUUCCCCUGACCCUGACCGCGGAGCAGAUGACGGUAAAGACGGCAGAGGGGAGCAGAGAAAUGAAGAACCAGGGGUAAAAGCAAAUGAGUUUGCACCCGGAGAAGAGCAACCAAGGGAUGAGGAAGCACCAGAAGACACAACAGCAGUAACGGGGGACGACACAAACCAUGAUCAGGUAGAUGGUCCCACAGUAGAGCUCCCAGAAGACACAAACCAUGAUGGAAAGGAUCUUGCACAAAGUCUGAACACGGAUUCGAGUUGUGAGGAUAAGGAACUUUUGGACGACCCGAGAAGUAAAGUGGAGACUAUUGUUCCGACCACUCAGGAAACCGAUUUCUCAACCGAAGACACAGCCAGUCCUCGAAGGAGAAGUUACCUGAUAGCUUUUGUCAUGGUUGUACUCCUCGCCAUCCUGGCACAGCAUCUCCUCCAGCCUGAGCCUCCGCCCCCGGGCAGCGUUUCGCAGAUCGACAUCUUUCUCAGGGAAUUGGACAAAGUCAAGACUCUCUUUCCUCGCCAGCGUCCAGAGCUGUGGAGCCGCAGCAGGAUCCACCUGAAGAGGCACAUCCUGACGCCUCAGCCCAGCGAGCCGGUCAGCCUGAUCCUGACGGCGGGCGUCUCAGGCCAAAGGACGCUGCGCUGCCUGGCCCGCGACCUGGCCUCCGCCGUAUCCACCGCCAUCAACGCCACCGUCCUCCACAUAGACGGCGCCAACGUCGGAGAGGAUAGCGACAAGGUGAAGCUGGACAUCGACCAGCAGCUUCAGGGAGCUUUCGAGGGAGACAAACCCGUAGCGGUGAUCCACCGCUUCGAGCAGCUGCCGCCGGGCUCCACGCUCAUUUUCUAUCGCUACUGCGACCAUGAGAAUGCGGCGUACAAGAAGACGUUUCUCAUCUUCACCGUCCUGCUGGAGGAUGAGAUUCCCAUCAAGGCUUCUCUGAGCAACGUGGAGGAGAUGGUGGACGACCACCUUCAGAGGAAGUUCAUCUCCCAUGACCUCUCCGUGGCCUUCGACAGGAUGGACCUGGACAAGUACGGUGGACUUUGGAGCCGGAUUUCUCACCUCAUCCUCCCUGUGGCCGCAGAGGAGAGGACAGAGCAGGAAGGCUGUUUUCUCCCGGGUGACCCAUCUUGAUGUUGACAGCUUUUGCUGCUUCACGGCAGGACCUUCAAGACAAACAUGACACCUGCUAUUCCUUCACAAUGAACAAAAAUGUCAGCCGACAUUGAAAAAAUGGGUCCACUUUAUUUUUUAAUCGAUUAAGGAGAGCAUUUAUGAGCGGAGGUGCAGUCACUAGAGUGCAGACCUCCACCAAUUCUAAUUUACUAGAUCAGUAGAGUGUCUCUGCAAAAGCCUGAAUGAUUCACUUAUUCCCAAAGCCCAAAAAAAGUCUGCGGGCUAUAGAGCGUUUGCAUUUUAGGCUCCAGUACUCUGGAAUGCCCUCUCGGUAACAGUUCGAGAUGCCACCUCAGUAGAAGCAUUUAAGUCUUACCUUAAAACUCAUUUGUAUACUCUAGCCUUUAAAUAGACUCCCUUUUUAGACCAGUUGAUCUGCCGUUUCUUUUCUUUUUCUCCUAUGUCCUGCUCUCCCUUGUGGAUGGGGUCCGGUCCGAUGGCAAUGGAUGACGUACUGGCUGUCCAGAGUCGGGACCCAGGAUGGACCGCUCGUCCAGAGUCGGGACCCAGGAUGGACCGCUCGUCCAGAGUCGGGACCCAGGAUGGACCGCUCGUCCAGAGUCGGGACCCAGGAUGGACCACUUGCCUGUGUAUUGGCUUUGGACAUCUCUGCGCUUCUAAUCCGCCUCCGCUUGGGAUGGUUUCCUGCUGGCUGGGCUGUGAACGGGACUCUCGCUGCUGUGUUGGAUCCGCUUUUGACUGGACUCUCGCGGCUGUGUUGGAUCCACUAUGAAUUGAACUUUCACAGUAUCAUGUUAGACCCGCUCGACAUCCAUUGCUUUCCUCCUCUCCAAGGUUCUCAUAGUCAUCAUUGUCACCGACGUCCCACCGGGUGUGAGUUUUCUUUGCCCUUAUGUGGGCCUACCGAGGAUGUCGUAGUGGUUUGUGUGGUGGUUUGUGCAGCCCUUUGAGAUACUAGUGAUUUAGGGCUGUAUAAGUAAACAUUGAUUGAUUGAUUGAAAGGUAGAGGUUGCUUCUUCCUCUGUGUGUUGAAGAAACUAUAGGCAUGUAAGUUAAUAUAGCAAGUGUAGAACACUAACAUAACAUCGGGAUGUUUACAGGGCAGCAGUUACUUUUAUUUAAUUGCAAGACCAAGACACUUUUAGUUUAUUUAUAAAGUUCCAUCCAUCCAUCCAUCCAUUUUCUACCGCUUAUUCCCUUUGGAGUUGUGCAGUUGUACCGCUAUGUUAUUUUAUACAGUAAUAAAUAACAUCGGAAUGUCUGAUUUGAUAAAUGUUUGAUUGUAAAAAAUAAUGGUGAAACCAUGGGGCGGAAUAGCUCGGUUGGUAGAGUGUCCGUGCCAGCAACUUGAGAGUUGCAGGUUCGAUUCCCGCUCGUGCCAUCCUAGUUACUGCCGUUGUGUCCUUGGGCAAGACACUUUACCCACCUGCUCCCAGUGCCACCCACACUGGUUUAAAUGUAACUUAGAUAUUGGGUGUCACUAUGUAAAGCGCUUUGAGUCACUUGAGAAAAAGCGCUAUAUAAAUAUAAUCCACUUCACAAACCAUGAUAAUUACAUUGACUGUAACGACACCGUCAAUCUCUGUAAUCGUUGCAUCCCUACUUGUAACAGGAUUGUAUUUUAAAUCUUUUUACUAGUUACAUGUAUAUAUAUUUUUUGGCAACACUAAAUUGGCCCUAGUGUGUGAAUGUGAGUUUUGUCUAUCUGUGUUGGCCCUGUGAUGAGGUGGCAACUUGUCCAGGGUGUACAUUGCCUUCUGCCCGAUUGUAGCUUAGAUAGGCACCGUGACCCCAAGGGGAAUAAGCGGUAGGAAAUGGAUGGAUGGAUGUAUAUAUUUUUUGUCUUUCACAAUUCUGCUGAAUACCAGACGGGGGAAAAAAUAUCCUUUGUAACAAGCAAAAAAAUAUUGAUUCAGGCUUUCACAAGGUGCCUGUUUAUAGAUUGUGUAUGGUAUGAAAAAAAUAUAAUUGUAAUCAACUGAUUUGUAAUUUAAGUAGGGAUUGUUUUCCGGUAAAUAAUGACCUCAAGUUAAAAGCUUUGGGAUUUUUUUUAAAAGUACUUUUUACUCUUUUUAUAGGCCUCCAUUGAGUUAUUGCAAAACGAUAGAAAUAAAAGUUACAAAUAGAAUUGCCAGUAUUUUUUUCUGACACGUACACUGCCAUCUCUAUGCAAAACAAUACAAAUAAAAGUUACAAAUUGGA